AUGGCAGACGGUACCGCGAAACUAGUCCUGGUUGAUUACAUUACGUUUGGAUCCGCUAUCAUCAUUUCGAUAACUAUCGGAAUAUACUUUGCAUUUGCUGGAGGCAGACAGAAAACUACAAAUGAAUAUCUUAUGGGAAAUCGUCACAUGAAAGUACUUCCGGUCGCACUUUCGCUCAUGGUUACAUUUGAAUCAUCUAUAACGAUGCUUGGUUUUCCUGCAGAAGUGUUCGUGCACGGUAUAAUGUAUUGGUGGGCUUUAACAGCGUUUCUGUUUGCUAAUUUGAUUGGAAUUUUGAUCUGGGUCCCACUUAUACAUCCACUCCGAGUCACAAGUGUUUACCAGUAUAUAGAGCUGAGAUACAAAUCACGUGGGAUGCGCCUGUUGGGAACCUGUGUGUCUGGUAUAGGAACUAUAUUUUACCUGGGGAUAGUACUUUAUGGUCCAGCUAUUGCCUUAGAUGCCGUCACGGAAUUUCCAGUUUGGGCAUCAAUAAUAUUGGUUGCGGCGGUGUCCGUCGUAUACACUUCAAUAGGUGGCCUUAAGGCUGUGAUAUGGACGGAUGUGUUUCAAUGUCUUGUUAUGCUGACUGGCAUGUUUUCUGUUAUCAUAAAGGGUACUAUUACUUCUGGAGGGACAGCUAAGAUGUUUGAAAUCGUCCGCAACAAUGGAAGGCUGAAUUUCUUCAAUUUCGACCCCGAUCCGUUCGUGCGUCACACAUUCUGGUGUCUAGUAAUUGGAGCAAGUACACGGACUGUUAGCUUGAUUUUCAAUCAAUCAUCUGUACAGAGGAUAAGUUCUAUGCCGACACAGCGUGCUGCCAACAAGGUCCUCCUAUUUGCUGGUCCCGCCUUUUUGUUUACAAUGUCAUUGGCGGCAUUCGAGGGAAUCAUUGCCUACGCAUAUUACUAUACCAAAGGAUGUGAUCCAUUAAAAUCCGGACAAAUCAGCAAUCCCAAUCAGAUCAUUCCAUUUAUGGUGCUGGACAUAUUCAGGAAUCUUCCAGGCAUGUCUGGUCUCUUUCUUGCCUCGCUUUUCAGCGCGUCAUUAAGUACAUUGUCUUCCGGCUUAGCAGGCUUGUCAGCACAGUUUACGGAAGACUUUGUCAAGCCAGCAUUCAAAGGAUUGACGGAUUUCCAAAUAACGAUCAUAGCUAAAUUGUCAGUGAGCGUGUUCGGGAUGGCAGCUGUUGCGGUAUCCUUUAUGAUAAUUAACAUUGAGGGACCGAUCACUCAGGUAACCUUUAGCGUCCUGGCAUCAUUUGGAGCUCCGAUGACGGGUUUGAUGAUAUAUUCAGCAUACUUUCCAUCUGCUACAAAAAAGGGUGCUGUAGCCGGGGUCAUCAGCAGUAUGACGUUUAUAUUCUGGAUAUCAAUGGGACAAAGUUUUUCGAAGACUUUGAAGAAGACACCGUAUUUACCUGGGGGUCCCACAGAUCAAUGUCCAGCUUUUGAUAUGAACAGCACGUUGUUUCUAGAAAGCACUUACCCUCUGUCCAGUACUCAAGUUUACAUGUCAACCGAAUCAACCACUACCUUGUCACCAGUAUUUUCAGGUUUCAGUGAAAACGAAGGACUUGAUAGGUUGUAUUCCAUUUCCUACCAAUGGCUGGGAACUUUGGGUAUCAGCAUAUUUCUGAUUGUUGCUUCUAUCGUUAGUUACUUCACAGGUCGACCGGAACCCGCUGAAGUAGAUGUUCGGUACAUACUUCCAAUAAUAGAUCACGUUUUUCCGUUCCUCCCAAAGGGUUUUAGGAAAUGGUGUUACGGUGGUGCACCAUUUGAAAAGAGACAAAUGCUUCUUGACCAAAUGGACCAUGGGAUUAUGGAUCAGGAAAUUAAAUUUAUAGGUAAAGGAGACACAGAAAAGGAUUUAGAGGAGAAAAAUAAAAACGAAAAUUCUGUCUGA